AUGUCGGGCGUCCACGGGCAGGUGCUGGGCCACCUCGUCCGUCGCGGGUACGAGACGGCGCAAGCACACUUCACCAGCGUCGACAGGGAGUACAUUCAGCGGCUGAAGCAUGACGCCAACCUCUACGACAACGCUGGGCCGGGAAUGGAGGUCAAGCCAUACGAGAUGUUACCCGUCCUCAUCACCGGCAUCAUCACCAUCAUUGUCAUCGCUUCGGUGGGUAUCCGUACCAUGUUGCGGCACAGCGUGCGUGUUCACAGCUGACUGUCUUCCAGGUUCGCUACACAAUCGGCGAAGUCAUGGCCUCCCUGACCAUGAUUGAAUCCCAAACGACCACUGCGAUUGUCGAAGAUGAGCCCCCCGCGUACCCCGGCGAGCCAGAUGCUCCCAUCGAAAAGGAACCCGCCCUCUCCGCCGAGCCUGAGGUCGAUGUCGAGGUGACGCUUGUCCAGAAGAAGCCUGUGACGGCAAAGAUUACAACUACAAUGGCACACCUGCGUCGUGUUGGAGGCUGGAGGGCCCAGUGGAGAGGUCUGGGCUUUAGCCUGCUCUACCACUUCCCACACGCGGUAAUCUCGCACUUCCUCGGCUCUCUUCUCGGAUUCGGCCUCUUUGGAAACUCUCUGGCCUAUAUCUUCACCUCCGUCGCGCUGUCCAGGAUCCACAUGCUCUGGACGCACUCGAUGAUCGCUCUCCCCAGCAACAAGUCAUGGCUGCGGCGACUCGUGCCUCGCAAGCAGUGCAAGGCUCUCCUCCUCCCCAGCUUGGUCUUCGCAGCUGCACAGCAAGCGGCGUUCAUCCUUCCGGUCGUCGUUGCUCUUGCUGUUGGCAUGCCCGAGAAGGACCACGUCGUCCAGGCCGCCCAUCGCAAGGACUGCGCGGUUCUCUCGUUGAUGGGACUGCGCUUCUUGGCUGUGCCAGCUACGCUCCUCUUUGUUACCUUCGCAGUGCUUCUGCCGGCCGCCGUCACACUCACGCGCAUCGAGGCCCUUCUCCUACCUGAAGGCGAGGAUACUAUUGUGCCUUUCGACCGCCAGGCGGUUGUUGGUAGCAUCGAUCUUGCUGCCCGCGGAAGCUCCUGGCAAAUCUUCGUCGAAGCCUGGCGGUCUUUCGAUGGCGCAUCUCGCUGGAGACUCAUCAAACUCUACAUCAAGAUGGUCUUCGUUCAACUUUUUGUCGUCUUUACCGGCCUCCAUAUAGUGGCUGCCGAGCUUUACCUUGUCGGUGGCCAGAGACUCGGCCUCCUCAUCAAGAGUACCGCGGCACAGCUGCAGUUGGUGGCCAUUGAGGCCCAGCAGAACGGCAACUAG